GAAAAAUCAGAGGUUUCAAUCAGGAACAACUAUUUACACAGUCUUGGCCUUUUUUGAAUGGGACUUUUGGAGGCGGAGAGGAAGGUGGAGAAGUACGAUAGGCCAAGCCCAGAGAGGCAAAGCUAGAAGACAGAAAGCAGGAGAAGCAGAAGAGGGAGGAACAUAGACACAGCCUGCGGCACAGGAGGAGGACAGCCGAGUUGGGACUCAGUGAGUGGUGUCACCUGAGCGGCACGGGUGGGCUGGGAAAAAGGAGGAGGAGGUUGGAAGAGCCAGGAAUGAGGACAGACCGGUUUCCUGCACUUCUGCAGGACUGUGCAAAGCAUAGGUUCUCUAUAUCAGAUUUUGAUUCAGCUUCAAUCAAGAGACCACCAUGGAUUAAGGACUUCAACACUGCACCUAGCGUGGGUUGCAUACCUGAAAAGGAGUACUGUAAUGGAGAGGCUGCAGCAGAAUGCCCUGUGGUGGUCCUGCGAAGGUCUGCCCUUGGGGUGCGACACGUUGGCAGCAGCAGGAAGACGGUGAGCAUGUAUGGCUCCCUGGAUGAACCUCAGAAACAACAAAUUACGACAGUGGGUCAUGAACGCAGGUCACAGAGACCUCACAGUGUCUGCAUGCUGGCUGCCUCUCAGUCGAGCAGUGUGCUUGUAACUAAUUCCUCUUCAGCUAAAACGGGAAACCGUGACCAGCUUCAACAGCGUAGAUGUAGGAGAGCAAUUGAUGGCCUCAAGCAAGACAUGCCUCCUUCUUUUCGGUUACCGCUGUACCCUCAACAGGAGGUCCUACCGCGCCGUCCUCUACAGACAACUGGAAGACCUCGGCCUGUUAGCAUGACCGUUUUAGAGCUUAAGGAUGCUAGUAGAUCACAAGAUGAACUGGCUAACCGCACUUCCAGCGAUGCUGCAAGCCUUCCUCGGUCUGGUUUUCGAUGGAGGCUCUUUGGCCGACAGGCCCAGGAUAAAGAGGUGACGGCCAUACCAGCACCUUCAGACAACAAACCAGAUAGGCCAAAGAAAAGGUUUAGCUCUCUGCGAAGGAGCUUAAGCCUUAGGCUCAAGCGGAAUUGUAAUCAACCAGAGAACAAUGCUGUACGAGAAAGAACGUGGACGGCAAGUGCGAGAGAAGAGGUGAUGCGGUCCAACCAGCCAUUCUCUUAUCUCACUGGCAGGACAUUAUCUCCUGCUUAUGAAGCAGACAAUAAGGACCAGAGAGGCAAGCGGUUGAUCGAGUUCCAAACCAGAGGGAAAGUCUCGGUUGUCGAGGUCCCCUUAGCCCCACCUAAACUCACCAAGCCCCUCAAACCGACAUCUUCAGAGCCGAAUUUUUGGCAGCUUAUCACUAGUCGCUUCAAGAGGAAAGGCAACAAAUCUGAAGCCUGUGCUGAAAGCCAACUACCUGGCAGUGAUCCCCCAGCCUGGAAUAAAAACCCACAGCCAGUUACCAUAGAGACACUAAAGGGCAUUGAUUUCAGCAAAGGUCAAGACUCCUUUGUGAACAGUCAGGAGUGGACAUUGAGUAGAUCAGUUCCAGAGCUGAAAGUGGGCAUUGUGGGUAACCUGUCCAGCGGGAAGUCGGCCCUGGUGCACCGGUACCUGACAGGAACAUAUGUCCAGGAGGAGUCUCCGGAGGGAGGAAGGUUUAAAAAGGAGAUCGUGGUGGACGGACAGAGUUAUCUGCUGCUAAUCCGAGACGAAGGAGGACCCCCUGAGCUUCAGUUUGCCGCCUGGGUGGAUGCCGUGGUGUUCGUCUUCAGCUUGGAGGAUGAGAUCAGUUUUCAGACGGUCUAUAACUACUUCCUGCGCCUGUCCAGCUACAGGAACACGGCUGAGGUUCCCAUGGUGCUGGUGGGAACGCAGGAUGCCAUCAGUGCCACCAACCCGCGAGUAAUCGACGACGCCCGAGCUCGGAAGCUCUCCAACGACUUGAAACGUUCCACCUACUACGAGACCUGCUCCACCUAUGGCCUCAAUGUGGAGAGAGUCUUCCAGGAUGUCGCUCAGAAGGUGGUGGCACUGAGGAAGAAGCAGCAGUUGGCCAUCGGGCCGUGCAAAUCUCUGCCAAACUCGCCUAGCCACACGUCCGUCCCCGCCGCCGCCAUUCCCUCCGUACACCUCAACCAGGCUGCUAACGGAGGGGGUGCACCGUUCAGUGACUACUCCUCCUCAGUGCCCUCCACCCCCAGCAUGGGGCAGCGGGAGAUGCGCAUCGAGACCAUCGCUGCCUCAAACACGCCCACGCCCAUCCGCAAGCAGUCCAAACGCCGCUCCAACAUCUUCACAUCACGGAAAGCCAGUGAGCAGGCAAAGAGCGCUGAGUGUAAAACAGACAGCAUAGGCAGUGGGAGGGCCAUUCCCAUCAAACAGGGCAUUCUGCUCAAGAGGAGCGGCAAGUCGCUAAAUAAAGAGUGGAAAAAGAAGUACGUCACGUUGUGCGACAACGGCGUCCUCACCUAUCAUCCCAGCUUACACGAUUACAUGCAGAACGUUCACGGGAAAGAGAUCGAUUUGCUCCGGACGACGGUCAAAGUCCCGGGGAAAAGGCCGCCUCGAGCGGUGGCUACGGUAGCGCCGACUGCUAGUCCCAAAAGCAACGGAUUAACCAAGGACAGGAGCACGCUGCAGCUGGGCAUCGGAGCCACAGGUGCUUCUCACUCGAACAGCAGUACCUCUCUGCAAUCUGGAGGCGUGGCCUCUGGACUGGGCAUGACCUCUGUGGGUGGGGCUAAAGAGGGAAUGCACCAACGCUCUUUCUCUGUGUCCAGUGCUGAGCAGUGGAAUGAAGCAGUUAACACAAGCUGUGCUUCAGCCAAUGGGACGUUGGAUUCUCUCAGUGCCGCUUCUGGCCUGGGCGGACCCACAAGUCCCAAACUGGAGCCACCUCCUUCGCCGCAUGCCAACCGCAAAAAGCACAGGAGGAAAAAGAGUACCGGCAUCACCAAACCAGAUGGGCUAUCUGCAGGGAAUGAAGAGCAAGAAGAGUCGUUCGAGUUCAUCAUCGUGUCACUGACUGGACAGAUGUGGCAUUUCGAGGCAUCUACCUAUGAGGAGAGAGAGCUUUGGGUCCAAGCCAUCGAGAGUCAGAUAUUUGCCAGCUUACAGUCAUGUGAAAGUAGCAAGAAUAAGUCACGAUUAGGGAGCCAGAGCGACGCCAUGACCAUCCAGUCCAUCAGGAACGUGAGAGGAAACAGUUUCUGUGUGGACUGCGACUCCCCCAACCCAGACUGGGCGAGUCUGAACCUCGGUGCUUUGAUCUGUAUCGAGUGCUCAGGGAUCCACCGCCACCUGGGCACUCACCUGUCACGUGUGCGCUCGCUGGACCUGGACGACUGGCCCGUGGAGCUGAGCAUGGUGAUGACGGCUAUCGGAAACGCGAUGGCUAACAGUGUGUGGGAGGGAGCACUGGAGGGAUAUACCAAACCUGGAGCUGAUAGCAGCAGGGAGGAGAAGGAACGCUGGAUCAGGGCAAAGUAUGAGCAAAAGCUCUUCCUGUUGGGCCUGCCCCAGUCGGAUGUGCCCUUGGGGCAGCAGCUCCUGCGAGCCGUGGUGGAGGACGACUUGAGGAUGGUGGUGCUGCUACUGGCUCACGGCACUAAGGAUGAGGUGAACGAGACAUAUGGUGAUGGGGAUGGACGCACGGCCCUGCACCUCUCCUGCGCCAUGGCCAACGUGGUCAUUACACAGCUGCUAAUCUGGUACGGUGUGGACGUGAAGAGUCGUGACGCCCGCAGUCAAACGCCGCUGUUCUUUGCCCGGCGAGCAGGAAGUCAGGAAUGCGUCGAUAUCCUCAUCCAGCAUGGCUGCCCUUCGGAUUCCGGCGGCACAUCGACGCCGACCGGAACGUGGCACAACACCAAUGCCAACACCAACGCCAACCCCAACGCCAACAACAACAACGGACAGUGCGAGAUGAACCGCAGCAUAAGCAUCAUGUAGAUCCCAAAACACGCCGUGCUGUAAGCCUUCAGUGUCCCAGUGCCAUGAUACUGUGACUUCCUUUCCCCUGCCUUUUAGCCUUUUCCGCAGGAAACUCAACUGUAUGUCGUGUCGCCGUUCAACGUUAGCAUCGUAAAAUCUUCCUGUCGAUCCAUUGUGUCGGGUCAGUGUGUAAAUCUGAAUGUGCCAGGUUUAACCCAAUAUCCAAAAAAAAAAAACUCUUGAUAUAUAAUGUGGACGCUCUGCACUAUAACACUGUUAAACGUAGGAGAAACGCAUAAAACCGAUAAAGGGUUAGGACUAGGAUAAGGUUUGUUUUUUUUUUGUUUUUUUUUUCACUUCAGAUUUCAACAUUUCACUUUUGCCAGAAUGUUUUUUUGGAUUAGAUUGUAAAGACAGAAGAAGAAAAAAAAGGAAAGCAGUCUGUAUACUGAUUACCAGAAGACAUGAACCUGUUGUAUUAUAGAAUUUAAUAAGGUGCAGGUCAUCGGACGUAAUUUUCGGUCUUAAGCAUCCAAGCUCGUCGGAGAAUUUUCUCGGCGUUUCAUCAAAGCAGAUAGCCGCCUAAGAAUACCUCUUCAGUCGAGGCUGAAGGACAUGAUUACCCCGAGCUGAGAAUAAUACGUUCGUUAUCAGGGCUUUGUGAGAGCGAUUCGAGGACGAUGCUGAAGUGGUCUUCUGACUCUUUGACACCAGGGUCUACAUACACGUUUUAUUUAUAUAUAUAUAUAUAUAUAUAUAUAUAUAUAUAUAUAUAUAUAUAUAUAUAUAAUAUCAAAUGAAAAAUCUGUUAAGUGACCUACGUUUUGCUGUGAACUUGUGUGCGUGCUUAGAUGCUCAUUUACCUCCUCCGUACUUGAUUAUGCAUUGACGAGGACAUUUGCCAUUUUGUACUGAUGUAGGAUAACAGGAUUCGGGACGGAUCGACAGAUUACGUACAGAAUUGUGUAUAUAGUAGCUUAUAUUUCCCUCUGACUGCCUCAUCCAACCAUUUAGGUGCUAAAUGACUAGCAAAAAAAAUAAAUAAUAAUAAUAAUAAAAAAAAAAAAAAAAAAAAAGCUUGACCAACGUUGUUGCCUCUCUAGUGACUCUUAACAGGAUGUAAGCUAUCGCUGGUAAGGAUACUAGCAUGGCUUUCGAGUUCCUGAUUAGCCAUGCUAGCUUUUUUUUUUUUUUUUUUUUAACCUUAUAAAACACCACUUUGAUUCAUCUCAUGUCAUGCUAAUGAGCUACGAGGGAAGGAACUAGCAAAUCAGAGAAUAAAUCAUGAUGAAAUUUUAUUUUUAUUUAUUUUUCUUUCUUUUUUUUUACCGUGCAGUAUUUUAUGUUCGUUUCUUAGCUGCUCCGCUCAUACGUGAACAUUCGGUUUUGAAAGAGAAUAACGCAUUCCGUAAAUCGUUGAAUAUGACUGAUGCAGAAACAGAAACCAUGUUUUUAACCAUUUUUUAAUAAUUAGGCAGGUUGAUUCGUUUGAAGUUGUACGUCUGCAGAGGUGCCAACAUUUAUAGUUUCUGACCCCUUGCUAGCAGGAUUCAGUAACAAUUUCCAGCCUAAAUAGAUCUCAAAACACCACAGUGGCCUAAAACCAACCACUGGAUCUUCUUCUCACUUCACCGUAGUGCGCUUGCAUUCCUUUGCAGAACCUGCAAUUCAUUUUUUUAUCAGACUACUUGCCUUUUGAGAUACCUCAUAAGUGCUGGCUUGACCCUUGUCUUGUUCGCGAAAGCCAAAGAUAUUGUUGAAAGUGAUCUUUGCGGCUGAAAAAGCCCUGCGGAUUUGCUUUUUUCCACCUGCAGUUUUGUUCCCAAAACUAGCCCAAUUUGACGUAGAGAAAAAAAAAAAUCAUAUAACCAAUGCCAAAAAUGCUGGUGGAAAAGGCAAUUCACCGAAGGAUAUUUAAUGCACAUCUAACUUUGAUGUGUGUUAAUUCACAAUCCUCUGCUUUGUGAGCUCAUAGAAAGUGGGUGGGACUAUGAGCUCUUUGAUUAAAUAAAUAAAUAGAAGAGCUGCUUGUAAGUAUUGUCAGACCGCAAUUUUGCCUUAUUUUUAUCGAGAAAAUUUUUUUUCCUAUCCUUCAACAUGCGCCAGGGGUUUACACUUUUUUUCCCUUCUUCUUCUUGUUGCCUGCUAGCAUUUUCUUCCUAGCAAUGUUGGCACCUUUGCAUCUGAACUUCAUCCUUAUAUUUUAUCACCAGUCGAAGAUUGAAAUUAUUACGACGAGGGGAAAAAAAAACGCAGCUUGUCUUCAGUCUUCUGUGUGUUUGAUGCUGAUUGGCUCGAGAGCUGCUGCGCCAACUAAAAGGCUCUGAACGCGCUAAACUUGCAGAAGUACCUGCGCUCUUCUCUUUCCCCCCCCAAUUUUUAUUUUCCUUCAGUACCAUGCAUUGGUCUCGAUGUGCCUGCUGUCACAUUGCCUGACCGUCAAAGGUACGUUUUGUGUAUAAUGAUGUACAUUUGACAUAUUUAUAAAAAAAUAAAAAUAAUUAAAAAAAAAAAAAGACGCCGGAUGUAAAUAUUGUUUUUUUUUUUUUUUUCUUUUGUCGCUUUUAUUAAGCGGUUUGUCCUUUUUAUUAUUAUUUUUUUGGUUCCCUUUUCAAGUUUUCCAUUGUUUUUACAUAAUGAAGUGACUUCAUGAGUGUGUGCUCGGAUGCUUGGCUGACUAUUGACAUAAUAAACACUCGAAUAAAAAUGAUUUAUACCGUA